AUGGAUAUUGGACAGGUGUUGGAGAAUGCCAUUUUGGGCCGUGACCAACAGGUGCGAGCCCAGGCCGAAGCUCAGCUGAAGGAAGCAGCCCGCGAGCAUUUCGUGCCUUAUUUGGGGAUGUUGACUCAAGCAUUGGAAAGCGAUCAACAACGUACUGAAGUGAGAAUCUUGGCUGGUAUUGCCUUGAAGAACGAAAUUAGUAGUAAAGAUAUAAGGAUCCAACUGAGUCAGACCGAGAGAUGGGUAUCUUUAGAUGGUGCAGUCAAAGAACAAAUCAAGGCUACUUCAUUAGCAGCACUUAUCUCCCCUGAUGAGAGAGUCGGAAAUGCUGCUGCUCAGUUGAUUGCUGCUAUUGCAGAUAUCGAGCUUCCAAGAGACGAAUGGCCAACCUUGACUGCAGUUUUGGUUCAAAAUACUACUGCUGAACAGCCUACUCAUGUCAAGAGAGCUUCAUUACUGGCCAUUGGUUAUAUAUGUGAGACGGCUGAUCCAUCCAACUCCGGCGUAGUUUCACAGGCUGAUGGCAUUUUAACCGCCAUUGUGCAAGGAGCUCGUAAAGAAGAACCUAACUUAGUUGUUAGAUUAACAGCCCUUAACGCAUUGGUCAAUUCGCUCGAGUUCAUUCGUCUCAACUUUGACCAAGAAAGUGAACGUAAUUACAUCAUGCAAGUGGUAUGUGAAGCCACUCAAGCCGAAUCUACCGAACUACAAGCUGCUGCUUUUGGUGCUCUCGGUAGAAUUAUGAGUUUAUAUUAUGUUUACAUGAAGCCAUACAUGGAGAAAGCUCUAUUCGGUCUGACAGUUAGCGGUAUGCAGAGUAGCGACGACAUGGUUGCUUGCAUGGCUGUGGAGUUCUGGAGUACGGUGUGCGAAGAAGAGAUCAAUCUAGCUUUGGCUGCUCAGGAAGAUAUAUACGCGGGAGUUGAUCCUUCAGUAGCUAAUAGCCGAAACUUCCAUUUUGCUGAGAAUGCCAUUGGCCAUGUGUUGCCUACGUUGUUGACCUUGUUGACCCGCCAAGAUGAAGAUACUAGUGAUGACGACUGGUCUGUGUCUAUGGCCGCCGGUGCCUCGUUACAGCUGUUUGCUCAAAACACCCAGAACCAUGUUGUUGACAUUACAGUUGACUUUGUGUCUAAAAACCUUAGCAGCGAGAGCUGGGUAAAUCGAGAGGCUGCUGUCAUGGCGUUUGGGUCGAUUCUGGAGGGUCCCGACCCUGACAGACUCCGUCAGCUUAUUGGGCAGGCUCUUAUGCCCUUGCUAGCUCUCAUGAAAGACCAAUCAUUACAAGUUAAGGAUACUGUUGCAUGGUGUUUGGGCAGAGUUGCUGACUUGAUGAUCGAAGGAAUAGAUAUUGAACUGCAUUUAGAGCCCAUGAUUGAAGCUCUGCUGACUGGUUUACAAGAUCAUCCCAAAGUAUCGACCAAUUGUUGUUGGACGAUAAUGAACUUGACGGAACAACUAUCACAAAAUGGGCCCCAGGAUGCUACAUCUCCUAUUUCCCAAUACUACCCAGCUUUGGUUCCUGCUCUGUUAUCGGCUGCUUCUAGAAGUGACAACGAGAACUCAUCUCGUACAUCUGCUUAUGAGGCUUUGUCGACUCUGGUCAUUUUCAGCCCAGCUGAUGUGUUACCCAUUGUGUUGUCCUUGUCCGGUGAGGUUUUGAAUAGACUGAAUGAAACAGUUGCAUUACAGCAACAAAUCGUUGGUACCGACGACAGAAGUAAUUUGGAAGAGCUUCAAAUCAACCUACUUGGUUUAUUGACCAAUAUCAUUCGUAGAGCAGAUGACCAAGUGCUACCAGCAGCUGAGCAAUUAAUGACCUUAUUCAUCCAUUUGCUCGAGACAAAGUUGCCCAACUCCCUCAUUGAAGAAGAUGUUUUCAUUGCAAUUGGUGCUGUUGCCGGUGCCACUAAUGAGCAUUUUGCUCAAUAUCUCGAUGUAUUUAUGCCAUAUUUGGUCGCAGCUCUCCAGAACUCUGGAGAAUACCAGACCUGUAACACUGCCGUUGGUCUUGUGGCAGAUAUCAGCCACUCGGUUGGAAAACAAAUUGAGAAAUACAGCGAUACAUUUAUGAAUACUUUUGUGGAAAACUUGCGCAAAGAUGACAUUCGUCGCGAAAUCAAGCCUGUUAUUCUGUCCUGUAUCGGAGACGUGGCUUCAUCUAUCGGCGGUGGAUUCAUCCCCUAUUUGCAAGUGGUGAUGCAAGUUCUCAAUGAUGCUGCUCAACUACGAGCCGACGAAGAUUCGUCUUUAGAGUUCCUCGAUUAUGUGUUUAGUCUACGUGAGGCCAUAAUUGACGCCUAUGUCGGUAUUGUUGCUGGCAUGCACGACUCACCACAAGCUUUGUUGCCAUAUAUUGAAGGAAUGUUUGCAUUCCUAUCGACGCUACUAUCCGAUCACGAGCUUAUCAAAUCUGAAUCUGUUCUCCGCUCCUUAGCAGGUUUGUUAGGAGAUGUUGCAUCUAUAUACCCUGAUGGCCAAGUCGCCCCUCUGUACAGACAUGAUUGGGUUACCGAAAUCAUUCGCAAGGCCCGCGACCGCAACUUUUCAUCAGCAACUAAAGAAACAGCUAAAUGGGCUCGUGAACAGCAGAAGAGACAAAUUGUCAAGGUGACUGGUGGCAACUAG